AACACAAGGAGGGGGGAAAAUAUAAGAGAAGAAUACAGGAAACGGGAGGGAAAGAGGGGAGGGCAGAGAUAUCAUAUUGUUCAUUUCUCCCUCUCAGUCUGCCAUCCCGGUUGCGGGGUUUAUUGCUCGGUGCGUCUUGGAGAGCAGCGAGAGAGGAGAGAGGAGGGGGUGGACAGAGCGAAAGAGGGCGGAAUGCCCCUUUACAAGCGUCGCAUCUGACUAAAACAGCGGAGGAGCCCGUGGAUCGGACAGAGAGGGACACGGUGCUUUCUGCAGCACCAAGGUGAUGUAGGAGAGCUUCCAAAGAGUCUCCUCAAAUCUGACGGUGGCUUCUAGUCCAUGCGGAUGUGUUGGAGUGAGCGCGGAAACAGACGCAUCCCACCGUUUAUUGUUGGCGCUGGAUGACUAAGAGCUCAACUGUGUUCCAAACUUACAGCGGAGACAAAAAGAAAAAAAAAACAACAUUUGUCUGCAGGCUCCAGUUUCUGGUCUUGGAAGCAUCAGGAAAAUAACGAGCUAAAGGUUAUGCACGCACUGCAGGCAUAACUCCACUUUCCUCAGCCAAAUCUGUUUGUAAGGACAAUUAUACAUGUAGAGUGUCUCCGCUCACGCUUGCAAAUUCAACAUGGCCCAGAACGUCGAGAGUCCACCUCAAUAAAGGGAAAGUGAGAGGGGUGGGUGUCGCUCAGUCACACAUGGGCACAUCAGGCUGGUCUCUGUGAUCCAGACCAAGACACCCUGCAGACCCCCUCCCGUUGUUCCUUUAUUGACGCAGCCCCCUCCGCUUCCUCUGCCUCCUCCUUGUGAAAGGUGGACGGGCCAACAAUCUACUUACCUGAGCGCCGUCCGAUAGGUGAGGGCGGUGAGGGCUGGACUGUCAUUGGCUGACUGCUGGUGAGAGUGCGAUGCGGAUUGGAGGAUGUCGGGGGACUGGGAUGAAGACCUGUGUAAGAAGGCGCUGGUGUUGGUGGAGGAGCUAUGCUUCAACUCCCCGAGAGGCUACAGCCAGAGUGAACGCUGCAAGGAGUUCAGCUACCUGCUGACAGGUCGUAACAGACAGCUGGACCAAGAGAUCUCUGUCAGUCUGCUGUCCGUCAUCGUGACAUUCUGUGGCAUCGUCCUCCUCUCCGUCUCCCUCUUUGUCUCCUGGAAGCUCUGCUGGCUGCCAUGGCGGGACAAGGAGGGCGGAGGCCUGAGCCUGACAUCGGGGUUGCUGCCAGGAAGCGCCGGCGUCGGAAGCCUCGGAGGCACCGGCGGCUCGUCGCUCCUGCCGCCACUGCUGCAGAGGAAGGAGGGCCAGUCCUCGUCCUCGCUCUACCCCUCCUUGGGCCAGCACCAUCCCCACUUCUCUGACCUGGUGGGGCUGGAGAGGGGGGAGGUCGGGGGUGUGGUUGGGGGACCACACGAGACCCAGGAGCACUCGUACCUGGAUAUGGACUCCUACCCCAACAAUGCCGGAACUCUGAAGCUGAGUCAGACGUCUCCAGAUGUCCCCAACUCAGAGGUUGGAGCCCAGCCCCAUAAAGACCUGCCCAACGCUCAUUCCCAGCAGCAGGUCACCUCACGACCCAAGCCCAUGACUCACCAGCUCUCCAGUCCUGAUUUCCACGCUGAGGAGAAGGAGCAGGUAACCUGCAUUGGGCAGAUCAAACCAGAGCUCUACAGACCCAAAGGCGACCAGGGAGAAGGUAAACAGGGCGACAACUGCGGCAAGAUCAGCUUCCUCCUGCGCUACGCCUUCAAUACGGAGCAGCUGGUGGUGAAGAUCCUGAAAGCUCUGGACCUGCCAGCGAAGGAUGCCAACGGCUUCUCUGACCCAUACGUGAAGAUCUACCUACUGCCAGACAGGAAGAAGAAAUUCCAGACCAAGGUCCACAGAAAGACCUUGAACCCAGUGUUCAAUGAGACGUUUCAGUUCGGCGUGCCGCUGAAUGAGCUACAUUCCAGGAAGCUGCAUUUCUCCGUGUACGACUUCGACCGCUUCUCCAGACACGACCUGAUCGGCCAGGUAGUGGUGGACAACCUGCUGGACUUCAGCGAGGGCAGCGGGGACAAGCCCGUCUGGAGGGACAUCGUGGAGGGCACCGCGGAGAAAGCUGAUCUCGGGGAGCUUAAUUUCUCGCUGUGUUACCUGCCCACUGCAGGCAGGCUCACUGCUACAGUCAUCAAGGCCACCAACCUCAAAGCCAUGGAUCUGACUGGCUUCUCAGACCCGUACGUGAAGGCCUCGCUGAUAUGCGACGGGCGAAGGCUAAAAAAGAGGAAGACCUCUAUUAAGAAGAACACACUGAACCCCACGUACAACGAGGCGCUGGUGUUUGACAUUCCCAAUGAAAACAUAGAAAGUGUAUCCCUCAUCAUCGCGGUGAUGGACUAUGACUGUAUUGGUCAUAACGAGGUUAUAGGGAUGUGUCGUGUGGGCAGCGAAGCUGAAGGUCCAGGGAGGGAGCACUGGGUAGCCAUGCUGGCCAAUCCGCGCAAGCCAAUAGAGCACUGGCAUCAGCUUGUGGAGGAAAAAGCAAUUGGCACGUUUGUGUCGAAGACUGCUACAGCAUCUUCCCCUAAGCCGCACAUCGUGGUGGACAGUCCUCACUCCGACUAAUACUGUCAUUAUCAUCUCUCCAGCUCCAGACUUUCCUUUUCUCUCCUCUCAUCUGUGAAUAAUUCUCUCCAUCAAAGAAAGAGAGACGGCGGAGACGCUGCUAGUGUCCGACUGCUAGUGCUGUUUUGCUCCUGCUAAUGAAUCCUCCAAGUCCUGUGCUUUCUCUACUGAGCCGGGGGGCGGUGGGGUGGGGGGCAACAAAAAAAAAAAAAACAAAAACAAAAAAACAAACACAAAAAAAACAACAUCCAUCACGAGCUACACUUUGAGCAUCAGACCACACAUUUUACAAACACACGACAGACACUAAGCGGACCAGUAGGACUGAUAAUCGGGUGUAAAUUUGGGAUCUAGCGAGGGGAACGCACACACAUAGCUCACACACACAUACACGAAUACACACAGAGUUUGUAGUAUGUGCGUAGUUCAUGUGUGCUUCAGAUUAGUGUAGUGUUUCAUCUAGGAAGGGAGUGUGACGUGACAAACUUUUCUCUCUCUCCAAAUCCCAAAAAAAAAAAAGAAAAAGAAAAAAAAAGAACAAAAAAUGAAUAAAUAAAAGGAAGCCAUCCUAGAAUGGUCACUCCAACCAGGACCAAAGGUUCAUGCCCUUGUACAGACUCUAAAAGAAGAAAAUCACUAUGUCGAUAUUUUUUCUUUGCAACAUUGGUGUACAGUAUUACGCCGUACUGUAUGGGGAAAACAUCUCUCGUUGUACUUUAGCAGGACAAAACAUGCCGAGGUGGAUACUCCCGGGCCAUUUUGGAGGCCUCCUCGCGGCACCGUACCCUCCUGUCUCAGACUUUACUCGCUUAUUUUCCCCAGUGGAAAGACGACAAAGCGGCUCAGUGGUCUUUAUUGAUGUCAGAGGAGCGAAAAAUGAGGACUUGACUCAUUGGUUUAAGCAUGUUAAGCAACUUUGAAAAUGUGUCCCUGUCCCUCAUGCUUUUUUCGUCACAGCCCUCAUGGUGCUCAUCGUUAUCAAGUUUUUUAUUAUUAUUAUUAUUUUUAUUGUUUCACUUCGUUUGUGUGAUACAACAUACAUGUAAUCAUCGGAAAAAGGAGUUUAUCACGCCAGUUAUUUUUGACACUCCGCCGAGGAUGCGAUGGUGCGAGCUUCUGAGAGAUGUGGACUAGUCGAUCGGCCAGUUCAUCGGCUGAACACGGGACUACACGGGUUCAAGGGAACCCGAGUUUAGGAUCGGACCAGCAUCUGUCUGGAUUGCACUCACCGGAGGAUGUAUUCCACAGGGAAGGAUAUCACCACUCCACUUUAUUUUUCUACCAUUCCAGGACUUUUUUUGUGUGUUUUUCUUUCCUUUUUUCUCAAGAAGACGUCCAGCUUCGACUGAGAAACAAACUAUUAUCUUCCACGUCAUCAUCCCUGACAAGACUCUAAGAAGGACACACACGUCCGUGUUGCUUUUAUUAGUGUGUGUUUCCGUGUUUGUGGGCGUGUUUGUUUUGUAUUCGUGCGCGUCCGUGUGUGUGCGUAUGCCUGUGUGUGUCACUGUGACCUUGUGUGUGUGUGUGUGUGUGUGACACGUUCCUGUGCUCACCGCCUCCCCCUCGUCCUUUUUUUCUGUCUUCGCCUCUCCUCACUUCCCCACUCCCCACCCCAAAAAAAAUCCUGGCAUCCAAACCGACUGAAACGCUCGUCUCGGAGCCGAAUGUGUCUUCUGUCCCCUUGUCUUUAAGAGGAGCCAUUUCUUGUGCGUGUGUGCGUUUGUGUGUGUGUGUGGGGAUGUGUGUGCGUACUUAUACGUGCCUCAUUGCACUAGGUGGGGAAACACUGUCUCUCAUAGACAUUAGUUCGUAUUGUCUAUGUCGUCUCUGAAAUCAGCUGCCAGUCAUUCGACCCCUCCCCCCUCCUCUCUAACCCCUUUGCCUGAUGUAAGUAACUGUGUUGAUCGUGUACCUCUUUCAGUAAAUUUGUGUACUGUAUGUCCGAGGGAAAAAAAACAAAAAAAAAAACAAAACAAAAAAAAAAAGACAGAAGGCACAGUGGUUUGAAAAAUUUAAAUCGUUGGGUGUGUUUUGAUUCAAUUUUACGAGAGGGAGAAAAAAAAAUGGAAGGAAAAGAAGAAAAAGAUGAAAAAAAAA